AUGGCCCCCCAAACACCCUCUUCGGACGAGCAUCAACAACUUCUUGACACUCUUGACAUCGCUCCAAUCCCGCGUCCCUUCCGGAGCUCAAGGUGGAAGCCAUCGCAACGACGCAACAAAAACGUGAAACAGCUACUCUCCGAGUCAUCGCGAAAAGAAGCAUCUUCAAUGGCGACGCAAGUCAAUUCUGGCGCCACAACACCACUUCCUGGCAGCACCACUGACGGUUCCCAAACCCCCUCAGUUGGGAUAUCCUCCCGACCUCCCAACCUCGCCCAAGCGUCUCAGAAUCUCUCUACCUUGGUGCUGGAGAAGAACCUACGAGCGACGAUGUACACUGGAGGCCCAGCCGUCACGUAUACUAAUAUCGAGUCGGCGCCGUCACUGAGUCCAGCCCAUCAGCAUCGCUACUGCGAUAUCACUGGCCUUCCAGCGCCAUAUACCGACCCCAAGACGAGGCUACGCUAUCACAAUAAGGAAAUAUUCGGUGUUGUGAGGACGCUUGGUCAGGGAGUUGCGGAAAAAUACCUCGAGGCAAGAGGUGCCCACGUGGUUCUGAAGUAG